AAAAAAUCAUCUAAAAACGUUUUUAAGUACAGAUACAUUGAACUUUUGUAAGAGUAAUGGGUUUAAUACAGUAAAUAAGAACGGGAAGAAGAGGAUUAGAAUGGCAUAUUUCAAAUCCUUGACCUCCAUGCAAGCUGUUAAAUAAGGGAAUCCAGUGACUCCUGCCCAUGCAUUGAUAGCUAUUUUGCUCUUGACAGCAUGCAGAAUCCUUUUCCAUAUGUCAACUUUGUUCAGUACUUCAGUGAUAGAAGCAACCGCAAUUUCCCUACAAAGGAUUUUUUUCUGUAGAAACCUUAACGCAGGAAUCUAUUCUUUUCUUAUCUACUGGAUAAAAUUGUUUUCCAGAUGAGAUCAACAUCAAGACAACAUUCCACAUAUUGGAAAGCGAAAGUAACACCAACCCCUUGUUCAUAAUUAACUUCAUUUCUCAAUUUCUUUGAGCUAGUUUAGUUUGAUUUGGCGAUCGAACGAGAGAGCUCAAAUUCCGUCCCUCAUGGAAACUAAGGAGGGGAAUAGUGGAAUUGAGGAGUACUUCGACUGGAGAGGAAAGAAGGCAGAUCCUAAAAAGCAUGGUGGAAUGAGAGCUGCUAGUUUGGCUUGUGUUGUGGAGGUGUUAGAGAACUUGGUAUUCUUGUCUAACGCCACCAACUUUGUGGCAUACUUCACCAAGACAAUGCAUUACACUAUCUCUGAAUCUGCAAACAUGGUGACUAAUUUUAUUGGAACCUCUUUUCUUCUCACGAUAUUUGGCGGGUUCAUCGGCGACUCUUUCUUCACUAGAUUCAGGACUUUCGUUGUCUUCUGUAUAAUAGAGUUACUGGGGAUGAUCCUUUUGACCGUUCAAGCUCAUGACACUCGAUUGCAACCAGCAUUGCAUGAAAGGCCUUCUAGUUCUCAAGCUGCUGUUCUUUUUAGUGGACUCUAUGCUAUUGCGACAGGAGUUGGUGGAAUCAAGGCUAGCUUGCCUGCACAUGGUGCUGAUCAGUUCGACCACAGCAAGCAGCGGUCCAUUUCCUCAUUUUUCAAUUGGUUCUUCUUCUCUUUAUGCCUAGGAGGCUUGCUGUCCUCGACUAUUAUGGUAUGGAUUGAAGAGAACCGAGGCUGGAACUGGAGUUUUAAGAUAUCAGUUGUUGUCUUGGGUGUGGCGCUUUGCAUUUUCAUUGCAGGUUUUCCAAUUUACAGGUUCAAAAGACCUGGUGGGAGUCCAGUCACAAAAAUCUUGAAGGUAUUUGCUUCUGCUUCUCGGAACCGAAAAGUCUCAUCAGGACUAGAGCUAAAAAAUGAUGAAGUUGGAGAAAGAUCCCCUAAGAAGUUCAGAUUCCUAGACAAGGCAUUAUUUGAUGACACCAUUAGUGCAGUUCAGGUCAAGGAAACAAGGACCUUCCUUGGCCUGCUUCCCAUCUUUGCUAGCACAAUCACGAUGAACUGUUGCCUGGCCCAGCUACAGACAUUUUCAGUGGAACAAGGGAGCAUCAUGAAUAGAAAAAUAAACAAUUUCCAAAUCCCUACCCAGUCAUUGACAGUGUUCCCCCUCGUAGUCGUGCUUGCCAGCAUACCUAUAUUAGAACAUCUAGCAAACGCUUACAAAAACAAGAUGUCGGAAAAACAUUACAUUCUCGAACCACUCAGGAGGAUCGGACUUGGGUUAGCACUAGCAUCAGCAUCUAUGGCCGUGGCUGCUAUUAUUGAGUUUAAGAGACGUGAAGCAGCAGAGAAUGGGCACACAUUGUCUGUGUUCUGGCUAGGGUGGCAGUACCUUCUGUUGGGUGUUUCAGAUAUGCUGACUCUUGAGGGGAUGCUUGAAUUUUUCUACUCGGAAGCACCUGAUAGCAUGAGAAGUUUUUGCACUGCUUUGUCAUGGUGCUCUACCUCUAUGGGCUACUUCCUUAGCUCCGUACUAGUGUCCAUAAUCAACUCUAUUACUGGCAAAAUGGAUCAUGAAUGGCUCGGGGGACAUAAUUUGAAUCACAACCGUUUGGAUCUAUUUUACACAAUUCUUUGUAUUCUGAACUUCAUGAACUUGCUGAAUUAUAUUUACUGGGCUAAGAAGUAUUAGGGUGGGUCUCUAAUGGUUUGUUUGAUAGCAAUUCCAACCCCACCAAACAGGCACUAAGAGUUGUAGACUGGUUGAUUAGAUCCAGCAGGAGGCUCCAAGAAAUUGAUGAUAUGUCUAGCUCAUUAUCUAUGAAUAAUAAGACUGGUUUAAUUCAUUAGAAAGAGAAACAAGAAGAGUCUUCUAUCGUGUACUUUGUCCUUGCUCUUCAUCCCUGUAGGAUAAAAGAUUGAAGGUAUCUAGAAUUACCUGAUAAUGAGUUUGCAGAAAAGAUUCUUAGAAUCCAUAAUCGAACCGCUUGUUAAACCAAGUCGAGAGCGUGAUUACAACGAAAAACACAUUUAGAUUUCACAGCCUAGCAUGUCCUUAUUGUUUGCACUGUAUCAGAGAUGAAUCUCGUGUAUUCCCACUCUUCAACUUCUCUAAACUAGACUUUUCUUAAACAUUUUACACGGCUAAUUUACCCUUUCAAAUCUAUCAUCUCGGACGACAACUUCACCAGAAUUUGAACCCUUAGGAGGUGGUUCUGAGAGAACCGAAGCAUCUCUUUGAUACACAGUGGCUACACUAGCUAGACCAUAAAUUAAUGUUGAUCCCUUCCUGAAUCUGUGAUUAUUUAUGAGAAGCAAAACAGAGAACCAAAAAUAUCUUCAACAACAACUUGUUUGAAAACUAAAUUCGGGGGACCUCCUCUGUAAGCUAGAUAAACAUUGUAGACGAUGUACAGAAGUUGGAGUUGGCCAUUAAGUCUUUAGAUCCUCUCAUAUUCAUAAGAGAAUAUAACACGAGAUCAUGAUUUUCUAAAUAGCAUGGUUAAUGGCAACUAUCCAUUAGCUGAUGCAGGCAAGCUAAAAAAGCAAGCAUCAAUGAAGCUUUCAGCUCGUUUGUCCACAGGGUUUCUUUUGUCCAUGGCUGAAAUGGGUGCG